AGCAUCAGGCCGCUUCCAGCUUUCUCUCUGACUUUCUGCUUCUUCUUUCCCCAUUCUUCUCCAUGGCACAGAAGCUUCUCUAGACAUCCAAGAGCACAUUUACAGCCUUCGCCAUGGCUCCCGUCGCUCUAGAAUCAGAGCCAAGGUAUCUACCCUUGGUUCUGGCGGGAUCGCAUAUCACAGCCUCUCUCUAUCUCACUUACAUCAUCGGCUUGGGCCUCUACCGAUCGUAUGCCCAACUGGGCCCAGCCCAAGACACGCGUGGCCGGAUAUCGCAACGACAAAAGCUGGCGGCGACGUUCGGCAGUCUAUCACUUCUGAGUCUAGGAUCUGCCAUCAAAUCUGGAUUGGAGUAUCUGACCCUCUCAUACAAAGUAUGGGCAUCCGAGCGCGGCAUCCCUCUUCAGCAGACACUGUCCGGCGGCUUCAGCCUCGAGAACCUCACACCCGAACAUGUCCGCGCUUGGUUGAAUGAUACACCGCUCUACCUCGAUGCUCUCGAGAUCGUUGCAGAAAAAGCACGGAGACUGUGGUGGGGACAGCAGCUCGAUCUGGCAACGGUCUCAUGGACCAUGUUGCUGGCAGUCGAAGGCCGCAGGAGAAAUAUACCUUUCCUCUGGGCAUAUGCACUGCUUGCGCAUUUGGUCAAUCUCUCAUUUGCGCAGAACUUGCUCUACGUCGCUAUGCUUUUGACGCCUGCGCCCAUUGAUAAUACUCACAAGUCGAGACUAUCGAAGCUCCUCGCUCGCGCGUUCCCACCGAAACCCACCAACUGGUUCCCGAAGCCCGCCUUCUUCCACAUCCUCCUUGUUCUCAACUACCUCGUCAUGCUCUGGGUGCCUCGAACCGCAGGAACCGUCAACUUCCCCACAGCCGUUGCUAUCUCCAAGGCACUGUCCCUUGCGCCUCUGGUUCUACCAGCCAUCAUUCCCAAGUCCUGGGGAACGAUCCACACCGAGCCACACGACACCUACAGUUCCCUCACCAAACUCUUCAACGUCAUGUCAGUUGCAAGCCUGCUUCUGCACUGCAAGACAUCUAUCGCCGGUCUCUGGUACAACCUCCCUGGCUCGUACAAGCACCGUCACAGCGUCAGAAUCCCCUUCGACAUCGAAAAGCGAUCAGCCUGGGAGCGAAGCACAACCGCCAUGGAAAAGAUUCUAGGCUCCAUGACAGACCACCCAGCCGUCGCAGCCGCUGGCAAGGACGUCCUCCUGUGCGCUUUCAGCCUCGGUAUCUGGGCAGCGGUUCGCGCCUUAGACGUGGACCACAUGCUCAAAUCGGUAGCGCCAUUCUACGGAAAGAAGGACGCAAAGAAAGCGCUUCCCCCUUCGUACCCGAACGUCGCAAAGAUGGGGAUUACGGAACCCGAGCCGAUUUCGGAGAGCGAACCCUCGCGCCCGAGCUCUUCUUCAAGCUUGACCAUGAAGCUUAGGGACCGUGGCAAGCAUGUAAGCUCGAAGCUCGCCGAGGCUCUUACCGCCAAUGGCAAUGCAGAGACUAGCCCGAACCAGGCACCAAGGAGACGGGGAAGGCCACGCAAGAUCAAGCAGGAACCGACGCCGGAGCCGGAGCUGGGAACCAUUAACGAGGUGGCUGGUGUACCUGAUGCAGCAGCUGACUCGACUUAUGAGCCUACACCGGCGGUUAGGGCGCAGGCUGUGGAGGGUGAUGUCUUGCCGGAUGAUGAGUUUGAUUGGGAGUCGGCGGCUCUUGCGUGGGGGUUGACGGCGCUGGGAGGAUUGGGAGUUGGGUCUUCGGCUGUUUAUGGGGCUGAGUGCGUUUCCCGUUGAUCGAGGGUGUGAGGAUUGGAGAAGUUCUUAAGCACUGGCGUUUAUGGAAUGAUAAUGAGGGGAGUAUAUAAGCUGGAGGGAGAGAGUUCAUAUAGCUGAAUCUGAAAGUGCUAUCUACGUUGCUCGUAUGGUUGUUAUGGUCUGGUGUUGUGGAACCGCUGGGCUACGGAAAGGGGGAUAGGAAGAGACUACUACGCCAUGCUGGACACAAAUGGUGAAAUGAGCAAGUAUCACCACCUGGUUCGAACUACGUAAAUAACAUAGCACACGCAUCAACUGAGCUUGACUCUUCUGGA